AUGAAUAAUCAAAUUGAAAAUAUCAUACCUGGUACAUUUAAAGAUCUACAAGAUCUACAAGAAUUACAACUGAUCAAUUCAUACAAAAUUGAUCAUGAUAAACUUGACGAACCAUGUACAAUUGAACAACAAACAUUAAACACAACUUUAGUGUCAUAUCGACAAACUGGACUUUGUAAUAGUACAUAUGGUUCAAUAAUUGACGAAAGAAUUACAAAUAUUGCACGAAAAGCUUUUCAAAAUUAUUCAGUUGAAAAAUUGUUACUUGAUUUAGCUGAAACAAUUGAAUUAGAACCAGAAUCAUUGGAUCAUUUACCAUCAUUACAACAGCUUCAUAUUAAAUCAAAAAUAGUUCCAUUCAAUGAAAAUUUAUUUACAUCAGUUGGUGGUUUGUCAAGACUUGAAAUAUCAUUUGAUGCACCAAAUAAAAGUCUCAUUGAAAGUAUGCCAAAAGUUUGCAGCAACUUGGAACAAUUUGUAAUUGUUAACAGUACAAUUAAAAGUAUUGGAGGUAUUGAUUUAUCAUGUGAAUUUUGUGCAAAAUUAAAAAUUCUUGAUAUUACAGAAAGUAAAAUUGAACUAUUAUCAAAUAAUUCAUUUGCAUCAUUUGUAUCACUUGAAAAUUUAUAUCUUAGUAGAAAUCAAAUUACCAAUAUUCCAUCUGUAAAUGCAUUUGAUGGAUGUAAGACAUCAAGUCUUUUUUUAAGUGACAAUAAUUUAAAAUCAUUGAAACCUGGAUGUUUUGAUGGAUUGACUUUAGAUACACUGAUUAUUACUGUAAAUGAAUUAACGAUUGUUACAAAAAAUGUAUUUAAUAAAUUAAACAGUUUGAGAAUUCUUGAAUUGGGAGGUAAUUAUAUUUCAAGUAUUGAUGAUGAUGCAUUUUCGGGACUGGCUCUUCAAACAUUGGGUCUUGGAGGUAAUAAUCUUACUAUUAUUCAAGCUGGUGAUUUUCGUGGACUUACUGCAGAUAAUUUAGUACUUGCUGAACCAAAAUCAUUUGAGUCAUUUAAUAAUUUAAAAGAACUCAGACUUAUUGAUGAUAAUUUGACUGAUAUUAAACCAGGAAUAUUUGAUGGUUUAAAUAAAUUAAAAUAUUUAAAAUUAACAAGUAAUAAAUUGACUGAAUUGAAAAAAAAUAUAUUUAAUAAUAUUAAAAGCUUAGGAAGUUUAGAUUUGGCUAAUAAUAAAAUAAACAUCAUUGAAGCUGAUACAUUUUCUGGAUUAAAUUUAACAUAUUUAUCAUUGUCGAAAAAUAAUAUUACAGUUGUUACUAAUGAUGCAUUUCGUGGUCUGGUGACACUCACAGACUUGACAAUUGGUUUAGAAGAACAAGAAUUGCAGCUAGAACCGGAUUCUUUUAAUGGAUUACCUUUAUUAAAAAUUCUCAGAGUUGAACUCGGAGAAAUACCAUAUAAUAAAGAAUAUCUCAAGAGUUUAGAUUUGGCGGAAAAUAAAUUAACAACAAUACCAGGCAAAGUUUUCGAAGGAAUACCAAAUAUUGAGAAGCUUUUUUUGUCUACCAAUGAAAUUUCAUUAAUUUCACAAGAUAGUUUUACUGGAUUAAAAAAAUUAAAGUAUCUCUACUUAGAUGAAAACAAAAUCAAUAAAAUUAGUCCUGAUACAUUUUCAGGACUCAAUCUCAAAGAGUUGCUAUUGUCAAAUAAUAAUUUAAAUGUAUUAAAAAAUGAAGAUUUACGAGGUCUUUCUACUGUACAAUUGACGCUAUCAAACAAUCAAUUGGAGAAACUUGAAGAUGAUGUUUUUAAAAAUAUUAAAAACUUCUACGAAGACAGUAAAAUCAUUAACGAAACUAUUUCGGCUGACGACACAAAUGAACCAAAAACAGCAUUAUUAUUGGAUGGAAAUAAUUUGACACAAAUUUCACAAAAACUAUUCGAUGGUAUGAAAAAUUUAGAUUUUUUGUCUCUGGAGAAUGAUAAAAUAACAUGUGAUAUACGUGGUGGUUUUAAAAUAUGUAAAAAAUCAGGUGUAUUAUUAUCAGUUGAUCAAACAACUCAUUAUUUUCGUUUAUAUAUUAUUGAUAAAGAAAUAACAUCAAUAGCACCAAAUGCAUUUAAAAAUUUAACAAUAUCUGAUUUAAUACUUGGUCUUGCUGAUAAACAAUUAGAUUUAAAUUAUGAAUCAUUUAAUGGUUUACCAAGAUUAAAAUUACUUGAAUUUGAAUCUGAUAUACUUAAUAAUUUACGUCCAGGUACAUUUGAUGAACUUGAUUCAUUAAAAUAUUUAUAUUUAAAUUGGAAUGGUUUAACAUCAAUAUCAAAAAAUAUAUUUAAUAAACUUGUUAAUGUUGUACGUCUUGAAUUGGCUUUUAAUAAAAUUAAAAAUAUUGAAAUUGAAUCAUUUUCUGGUAUGAUUAAAUUACAAAUACUCAAGUUACAAUCAAAUCAAAUUAAACAUUUAGAAAAUGAUAUAUUUAUUGGUAUACCUGGUUUACGUGAAUUGAAUAUUUAA